AUGCCACCAUGUCGUGGUGCAUGCACGCCCACAGCACCCGUGAUGCAGGACACGGACGACGUGCCCGCCACGUCACCGGCACCAGGGGCGCGCGACCACGACAGUGCGGCACCAACGCGAGCGAGCACAGUGCCGCAGUGCAGCUGCACGACCGCGCCUGCAGCGGCCGCAGCGCAGGACGCGAAUGACGCGCACGCCACAUCACCAGCGCGAGGGGUGCAAGCCCGCGACAGCCCGACGCCAACGCGCCUCGCCGUCCGGGCCACCGACCGCCCAACAGCGCAGGUGGUGCCAAGCGCACCGACACACCACGGCUGCACAACAGAGCCCGCAGUGGCCACGGUGCAGGAUGCAGACGUCGCAACCGACACACCGCUGGCACCGAGGAUGCACCACGCAGGUGCUGAUGCACGAGCGCGCCCAGCAUCGCUGACACACCACACCGUGCUGACAGCGUCAGGGGCGCAUACCCAGGACAACGCGCUCACCACGCUGCCAACACCGAGGGCGCGCCAGGCCAGCGCCACGACCCGGGAGCGCACCACAUCGCCGACGCACCCCAUUACCACAUUGCCGAUGCACCACGCCGCAUCACCGGUGCGAGGGGCGCGCGUCCACGACAACACGAUCCCAGUGCGCCCAGAGGCACACCAUGCUGUCCCCGCCGUGAACCACCCAAUGGUGCCCAUGGACCCGAGUGCGCCGCUGGUGCACCCCCCUUCCCCGCCGACCACACACCCUGCAUCCGACGUCCACGACGGACCGCCACCACCCUCAUGCACCAUCAAGCAGCCGACCUCAACGGCGCCAGCGGACCACGAUGCAGCGCCACGGCAUCGCACCCAGGACACCCCCGAGGCAGCAGCACCUGUGUAUGAUGGUGCACAGUUGCUGCCCCACCCACCCUUGUCGACCUUGUCGACUCCCCUACUAUCCGUUCCACCUCUGCAAACUCGAGGGCCCAACCCUCGACUUUGCCACAUCAACUGGCGCUGGCAGUGGGCCCGCCCACAGGACCCAUGCCUCCCAAACCACUGCAUGCGGUCUCCUCAGACACCCCCGGUCAUUGUCUAUGGAACCGUAACCUGA